GCCGAAUCAAGCAUCAGACUGCCGCUAUUUUCCAAGUUAGGUCAACUAAUCAGAGCUAGAUGACACUGAAAGCGUUGGGAACGAUAUUCCCAUCUUUCAAUAUAUGCUGUCUUGAAAUUGUUAUCCGAGAUUGGCACAGUACAGCCAUGUAUAAACUGGUACGCCGCAAGCCCAUUUACAGUGCAUCCCGCUAAAUUUAAAACAACUGAGCAUAUAUCCUUGAUGACGACUUCGUAGAAACAUUUCCCCACUUGUGGCACGUGAAACUCCCCAGCAUAACGUUGACGAAUGUUUGUAAUCCGCUUAUCGGCCGAACGGAAUUCGGGAUCUACUUUUUCUCCCCACACUCUGCCGAACCGAUGCCAGCGCGAUAGAGUCGUAUAAGUACAGGAAUUGCAACACUGGCCGCUUCUUCCCACCACUCACAAACAGCACCAGAAUACUAUAGAAUGUCCAGAAUAUCAGGGUUAGAAAAGAUUUUGUCGGUGGUUAAAAGACACAAUACGGAAAGGGCCACGGUUGCAUUGAGAAACGAGGGUGAGAUGUGGGUGCCGCUCGGGGCGAGAGGUGUUUUUGGCGGUGUUUUUGUGGGCCAGGCGAUCGCUGCCGCUAUGGAAAGUGUUCCGGACGCCGAUAGGGGCAACUUCAGACCGCACAGUUUCCAUGCCUACUUCGUGAAAGCGGGAAAAUCCGGGCUCCCGGUGGACUACAAGGUCACCUCGAUCAGAGACGGCAGAAACUACUUAGCGAGGGAGGUUAAGGCGAUGCAAUUGGGUGAAGUCACCUUCACUGCCAGUGUUUCCUUGUCUAGAAUGAAGGAUGCAGCUGUCAAGUACAACAAAGUGGCGUACCAGAAGCCGUUUCCUGCCUACUGUAAACCCCCAGAGGAGUGUUUGACCAUCACUGACGCGUUCAUGCAGUCGCCGGAGUUGAGAAGAAAGAUACCGGACGAGAAAAGCGUGCGCGAAAUCGCAAAUAGCUACUUGGAUAGUGGCCCGGAGUGGCGAUUCCCGCAAGAUGCCUUCAACUCCACGGUUCCGUUGGCCAGAGAUGGCGGCGACCCGUCCAGCAGAUCCUUCUACUUUUGGAUCAAGUCUAAGGAGAACCUCGUGGAUAAACUCAACUCCUUCGCCGCCUUGGGCUACAUGUCAGACUCCUUCUUCUUGAUGGGCUUCCAGCGUUUGCUCGGUCACGCACCAUUCACUGCCGAAUUCACCGUGUCGUUGGACCACGCAUUGUAUAUACAUAGCGACAAGGUCGAUGCCGACGACUGGCUUUUGUACCACAUUACCACCUCCCGAUACCAAGACACCAGAGCCUUGAUGCAUGGGGAAAUCUACACUAGAGAGGGUGAAUGUGUCGCGUCUGUGGUUCAAGAAGGGCUUGUGAUGCCAGACAUCGACUACGCAGAGACCCGUGACUCGAAGUUGUAGUUAUACUUUUAAACCUAGAAAGUCCUAUCCCUUGGUGUGUGCUAAUUAUUUAUAUUGAAAGAUCGCUAUUGCAUGCUGAGUUCAAACCGGUAAUAUCAUCUCGUCUUAAUGUGCUAUCUGCGUUGCCAAGCGCUAUACGUAUAGCACCUGUAACGAUGGUUCAACUAGUCGCCCUGCCCUAGACAAUGGAUGUUUCUCUAAGGGGCCAUGGAAGCCUUUACUCAACCAGAGGGCUAUUUGUAUCUUUUCUUGCUAAUGUUGUGAGCUUUU